AUGAAUGGAAUAGGAUCGUCUAAAGUUAUUAAUCAUACUGCUCAAUUAGCAGCUCAAUUCAAUGAAUUUUAUUUGGAAAUCACUUCCCCGAAAAUUAGUCAAAUUGGAAAUUAUAAAAUCAUUAAAGAAAUUGGUGAAGGAGCAUUUGGUAAAGCAUAUUUGGCAACUCAUGUACUACUAAAUAUAAAUGUUGUAUUGAAAUGUGGAUUAAUUGAUGAUCCUAAUAUUGUUCGAGAAAUUUAUUAUCAUAAACAAUUGAAACAUAAGAAUAUCGUUAGUCUAUAUGAAGUGAUUAAAACAGAAAAUCAUUUAUGGAUUGCAUUAGAAUAUUGUCAAGGAGGAGAAUUGUAUUAUUAUAUAUAUGAGAAGAAGCGAUUAGAAUUAGAUGAAUGUCGAAAUAUAUUUUUCCAAAUUGUUUUAGGAGUCAAAUAUGUUCAUUCAUUGAAUUUGAGUCAUAGAGAUUUGAAAUUGGAAAAUAUUCUUUUAGCUGAUCAAAAAAGAACCAUUGUUAAAUUAACUGAUUUUGGAUUUAUUAGAGAAUUUAACCCACAAAGUAGGAAAUUUUUAUCAACCAUAUGUGGUACCACGGUAUAUAUGGCCCCGGAAUUGUUGACAGGUCAAAAAUACUCCGGGUUUGCCAUAGAUAUAUGGUCCAUGGGAGUGAUAUUGUAUACUAUGCUUAAUGGGAUGUUACCAUUUGACGAUGAUGAUGAAAUGAAAAUCCAACACAAGGUAAUAAAUACCGAUCCCAUGUUUUAUGAUCACGUGCCCGUUGAUGCCAAUCAAUUAAUUUCGAAAAUGUUACUGAAAGAUCCUAAUCAAAGACCAAGUUUGAAUGAGAUUUUAAAUUCAUCUUUUUUAAUUGAUUUAUACAAUAAAUAUUUGGAAAAAGGUAACAAAAGAAAUUCUAGUGGUAGUGGAGAUGCCGAGUCAAUUAUAUCUAUUAAUCAACAUUAUAAUACUGUUGAUCGACCAUUUGAGGCCAAGAUAGAAAAAGAUUUACUCCGGAAAUUACAAAGAAUAGAUUUUGAUACCGAAGAAUUAAAGGCCACCAUGUAUAAUAAUGAAAUCAAUCUGUUGACGGCAUUUUAUGAACUAUUACUUACUCAGGAAUAUUCUAAAAAGAAACAGAAAUACAUUCGAGAAAAGAAACGGAAACUUUAUGAAGCCAAAAAAUCAAUUAAAAAAUCAAGGAAAAGAGUGAAAAGUGCUUUAUCAUUGUCGGAUCAAGCUCUGAAUUCACAACCAUUGGAGAGAAUAAUGUCAAGUUUGAGUAUAACAUCCAAUAAAAACUCAUCAUCUAGACACACUCUGUUUAUUGCAAGAAAAUCAUUAGAUAAAGCUGAUACUAGCCAAAUCCCUCCACUGCCUAAAUCAUCACAAGGUAGUCGACUUAAUAUUGAAAUCCCUUCACCAAGAGCAACUAACACCAGUAUUGCCUUACCACCCAGGUCAAGACGAAGUUCCCGUGAAAUUUCAACAACUACAGCAGCAUCCAGUAUAACCGCUGAUUUAACUACACCUUUGCGUCGUACCGUCUCAUUUGUUCCCGACGGUAGAAGAUUAUCACAAGUGAUAUCUGAACCUAAAGAGGCAAACAAAAAGACUAACAAGAGUGGGAAAAUACUACAUAAGCUUCAAUUUUGGAAGAAAAAUAAAGGUGAUGAGUAUCAGGAUGAUACAAUUUCUCAUUAUAGUACUAAAUCAAAUCACAGUAAAUCAACUAAUGAUGUGAUGAUGGAGUCAGAUGGGGAAAACCCAUUAGAGAUUAUUGUCAAAGGAGGGGGUAACAAGAACAACAACAGCCCAAUAAAACUUGACAAUACCAUGCAUACUGUUGCACCAGAAGUUUUGGAUCAACAAAGAUUAGCAUCCAGAUUUCAGAAGAAUGAUGGUACACAGAAACAACGAGAAAAUCAAAAUUUAGAAGGACAAUCGGGAAAGUUGGAACGUCCUCAGCAAGUUCAACUGCAACACCAUCGUCAACAGCAACUACAAUCUUCAAACACUGGCUUGAGUAUAAAUGCCAUUGAUUCUCCUCACACUCCACCAUCGGCAGAGACUUCACGAUUUGCUCGAACCCGACCUUCAUCUAUGAUAUCACAAAUAAGUCAGUUUAGUAAAUUGAGUCAAAUGUCUACCAUGUUGUCAGAAUCUGAGUUGGACAUUCUUGAUGAAACCGAUACAAUGGAUGAUGAUGAUGAUGAUGAUGAUUAUGAUGAUGAAGUGUAUGAAUCUAGUAUAAACACAUCGCAAGAUAAUAAAAUAUCCGGAUCCAAUGCUCCACCAUCAUCUUCAAAUCAAGGUGGUAUGAAAACUUCAAACAAGAAACGACCAACUUAUAGAAGAGGAGUUGCCUCUGAUACUUCGAUAACUUCAACACCAUCAGCAUCUGGUGGAGGUGGGAGUGGCAUUAUUUCCACUAUACCGAAAAAAAAGAAUUCUUUAUCAAAAUUGAGAAGCAAUUCAUCCGAAGAUAUAUCAGAAGAUUCAUAUCGUUUCAAUGAUGAGAAUAUUCCUCUAGGUAGAUCUGGAUCUCCUGAUCUUGGUAAAAAACGAAGUUUCCGAGCUUUACAACAACCAGUUCCUUUGAUUAAUGGUACUAUUGCUACAUCGAUUUCAGAAAAACUCAAUGAUGCUACAAAAAUGCCGUAUGUUCGUGCUCCAUCUCCACCCGUCGGAUUCAAAUAUAAUGCUAAAGCAAAUAAAAAAAUGAUGACAACUGCUGUUAAUGGGAACAACAACAACAACAACAACAACUACCAUCAACCUCCAGGUUAUCAAGAUACUAAACAGGUUGAAGAUUGGAUUCAUAAUGGCACUACAGGAAAUACAAAUACUUUUACCAAAUCAACAAUUUAUCAACCAGUUAUUAAUGAAGAGGAAGAAGAAAAUGUAUAG